AUGAGUCACAGUUUCUACUAUCAGAUCAUCGUCGCCACCGGACUGGCGCUGCUGCAAUUGGCCGCGCUGCUGCCGCCAGCGAGUGAAGCCGUCCGUUAUGUGCCAAAGUGGAAGAAGCAGGCCUGUGAGCUACCGACGCCACAGAACGAGUACUCGCACUACGUGUGUGACGACAAUGGCGACGUAAAGUGUCUUCCCGGCUGGGCCGGCGAUCUGUGCGAUGUUCCGAUCUGCAAGAAAGGCUGCGAUCCGCUCCAGGGCUACUGCAAACGGCCGGGCGAAUGCCGAUGCAAGCUGGGCUUCUACGGCGAGAACUGCAAUCGGUGCAUUCCACUUCCGGGCUGCCAACACGGCGGUUGCCAGGUUUCGUUCGAGUGUGUCUGCCACAAGGGCUGGGAUGGCAUCUUCUGCUCGGAACCGCUUUGCCGUGCCGAUUGCCAUCCGUCGCGGGGGUACUGUGAGGCCCCCGGGGAGUGCCGUUGCCGCUUGGGAUGGGCCGGUCCGACGUGCCGAGAUUGCCAGGUGUUGCCGGGUUGUCAACACGGAACAUGCUCCAAGCCCCUCGAGUGCAAAUGUCUUCCGGGAUGGACCGGAAUCCUCUGUCAGACACCGAUUUGUGCCGCCAACUGUAGUCGAGAGCACGGAUAUUGCCGACGCCCAGGCGAGUGCCGGUGUAAGGUCGGCUGGAUGGGUAAGGAUUGCGCCAAAUGCCACGCGUAUCCGGGCUGCGUGAAUGGGGACUGCCGACGACCGUGGGAAUGUAACUGUAAGCCUGGCUGGGGUGGAAUGCUCUGCGAUCAGGAGCUCAACUACUGUGAACAGAAUCCAGGGACCUGCCAGAACGAUGGCAAGUGCAAAUCACUGAUCAAGGAAGACGGCUUCUUCCGUUGCGAAUGCCCAACCGGGUACAAGGGCCGGAACUGUGAGAUUCUACCAAUGUCCAUGAUGACAUCGACCAGCACCACGGAGCCAACGUCGACAUCGGCAGCGACCGAUUCCGGUCCCAGCGAAGCAUCUCCGGAACUGGCAACAUCCACCGCGGGUACCGAAAGCCAGGAAGCCUAUCGAAAUGCGACGCUAACGAGCGCCAGUGACGACUUCAGCGCCGAGUACAGCUCAGAGGAUUUAGACAACGAGGCCUAA